AUGGAGCUGGAGCUAUCCACCUCUAGGCUAUACUCUGACUACAUCUUCUCCAAUGCUACACUUGACUUCUCCUCCUCCCCCCCAUUAAAUGCCAGCCUUAAUGCCACUGGGCAAGGAGUGUCAAGGAAUCAUGCCUCUAUUAUUAUGGCUGUGGCUAUCACUGCCCUCUACUCUGUGGUCUGUGUGGUGGGGCUGCUCGGGAACGUCCUGGUCAUGUAUGGGAUUGUGAGAUACACAAAGAUGAAGACAGCCACCAAUAUCUACAUCUUCAAUAUGGCCCUUGCUGAUGCGCUAGUUACCAGCACACUCCCCUUUCAGAGUGCUAAAUACCUUAUGGAGACAUGGCCAUUUGGGGAGGUCCUCUGCAAAGUGGUUCUUUCAAUAGACUACUAUAAUAUGUUUACAAGCAUCUUCACAUUGACCAUGAUGAGCGUAGACCGAUAUGUGGCAGUGUGUCAUCCGGUGCGGGCGCUAGAUUUCCGUACCCCUUCCAAGGCUAAAGCCAUUAAUGUCUGCAUUUGGAUACUAUCAUCUGUAAUUGGUAUCCCAAUUAUGGUUAUGGCAGUCACCAAGCGCAAUGAAGCUUCCGGAGCCAUCACCUGUACCCUUCAGUUUCCUCGUCCAGAUUGGUAUUGGGAUACUGUCACAAAGAUCUGUGUGUUCAUUUUUGCCUUUGUGGUGCCGGUCCUAGUAAUUACUAUUUGUUAUGGCUUAAUGGUACUACGUCUGCGCAGUGUUCGCCUCCUCUCUGGGUCUAGAGAAAAAGACAGAAAUUUGCGCCGUAUCACCCGCAUGGUUUUGGUAAUUGUGGCUGCCUUUAUCAUCUGCUGGACCCCUAUUCAUAUAUUUGUCAUUGUGUGGACCAUGGUGGAAAUUGAUAAGAGAAAUCCAUAUGUGGUGGCCAGCUUGCAUUUCUGCAUUGCCCUUGGAUACACCAAUAGCAGCCUGAACCCUGUCCUUUAUGCCUUUCUGGAUGAAAACUUCAAGAGGUGUUUUAGAGAAUUUUGUCUUCCCUUCCGUUCACACUCAGAGCAGAACAGCUUUAGCCGAGCACGUAAUACCACUCGGGACCAGGUGUCCACUUGCACCCAAUCUCAUGCACCAGACAAGCCGGUAUGA